GACUGUAGUAGAUGAAUAUAAAUGCAAAGAAAAUGUUCUGAAAUUAUCGUUUAAUUGAAAGAAAAUACAUACCAUUUCAAACGACUACCGAAGACUUCGAGUUGAUUUUUCAUGAAAUAUCAAACUGAAUAUUAAGAGCAAAACAAAUCGCGGUAAUCUGACGUUUCUCUUCUUGAUUCCUAUGAUGUCAGUCAGAUAGUAGCGCUGUGCGAUAUUGAACGAAAGGCAAAAAGGCCUUUCGUGCGUUACGCAUUAUGAACGUUAUGAAGGAAUUGAAUGUGAUUGAAUGUGUUUGUGUAAUCAAUAAGCGAAUCAAUAAGAACCACCGAGGAAAAUCGAAAUGUUGUGUUCAUUCAAAAAUGUUUAUGGUGGGAUAAAUGAUAGUUGAUUGUGAGCGUGAGUUUUGAGUGGAAAACAACGCUAAGCAAUUGGAUGAAGAGGAAAAGGUGUAUGUGUGAAUGUGACGAUAGUUUGGGAUUGACGGGCUUUGGCUGUGACUAGACAUUCAGAAAACCAUCUUUGGAGCGAAAAGACGCGUUUAAUUUUUCUCUUGUUCAGCCGCUCUUUAUUCUGCCGUAAUUCAAAAUGGAAGGCGAGAAAAUUCACCACAAUGGCGCGGAAAACGCUCCCUCUGGAAAAAAGAUUAUGAAGAAGAAGAAACAACAGAUGAUUGAAAUUUCAACGUUGAAUAUCGAAAGCACGGCAAAACUCGACGCGUCCAAGAAAAAAGAUAAGAAAAGUAAACUUCGUAGAACCCAAGAAUUCAACGAAAUGGCAAGCGAAUUGAAGGCUGAGAAGCUGCGAUCAGAUGAACUUCGCAAAGAGUUGGAAAAAAUUCGACUGGAGAAAGAACAAUUGCAAGAGGCUGCCAAAACAACCGUUUCGGAUAAUGAAAAUCAAAGCAUGAGCGAUUUCAGCGAAAAUUUCCGCCCGCACAGUACCCAUCGCGAAAAGUCUACUCUCGAAGAAUCUCGCUUUAUGUCAUCAAUCAAUCAGCUGUCCAUUUCGUCGGUGAACGUUCCUGAGUGCAUUCCGACAGGUGACGACGGGGAGAUACACCGGCAGACGUUUGAGCAAUGGAAGGAUCUUCUGGUAGACUCGAUGCAAUUGGCAGGGAUCACAGAUGAAGGAACACAGUUCAUGAUAUUCAAAGUUAAAGCAGGUUCUCGACUGUUGGAAAUUUACAGAAAUGCGAAAUCUGAUGAGAAUGCUCCGGACUCGGUGCACAGCCCAUUUUCAAACGCUUUGUACCGGCUUAAAAGUUACUUCGGAUCCGGCUCCGAUGUAAUGUUACAACGACGAAAAUUGGCUGUCAUGUUCCAAAAACCAGGAGAGUCCGACUCAGCGUACAUGACCAGGGUAGGUACAACGGCCAGAUUGUGUGAAUAUGGUGAGGAAAGAGAAGCUGAAGCCAUUUUGGGAACCGUCGCAGAUCACGCUCGAAGCAAGGAAGUACGCACAGCUGCUCUCAAAAUACUUAAUCGCAAAGGAUCAUUUACAGAUCUAAUGGAUAAAGUUCGUGAAAUCGAAUGUAUUCGCCUUAGUGAGCAGUUUUUCAAAGAAAGAUACGAACCGAAGGAACAAGUGAGCGUGGCCCCGGUUAGUGCCGAUUUUCCCUUAAACACGCAACAAUAUCACAGAUCGAGCAUCAACAGCCCUCAUUUUCAUCGUGGUCAGACUCGAGGUUAUCCAGGUCGUCAAUACGAUCGACCUAGAAUCCAACGAUAUUUCAGCAACAGAAGGUCACCGUAUGCUCAAGCUAACAAUAGAGCUGCCUAUGGUACUCGGUGUUGGAGAUGCACUAGUGAAUACCACAGUCCGUCAGCUUGCCACGCUAUCGAUAAAGUUUGCAGGAGCUGUGGGCGUGAGGGACAUAUACAAGUCGCUUGUAAGUCCAGAAUCCAAACAGGGACCAAACGAGAACCAGAACAUGGAACAUCCACUCCAGAUGCUCCUCCAAGGAAGAUAGCCGCCGUCCAGAAGUUGGAGAACGAGGUUCAACCUGUGGAAACAGUAAGUGAUGAAAACGAGAACUAACUUCUUUGCAUUCUAAACAAUUGAAUUUGAAUUAUCUGAUAUUUAAGGCAAAACAAUUAAGUUUCUAUAAAAAAAAAAAAAAAAAAGAAGAAAAAAAAAAAUAUUCGAAACAAAAAAAAAACAAACAACAUGGAGUAUUGAUAAAAAAAAAAGGAUUUAAAUUAAAAGCAAUUAUUCCCCUGACAGGUAUCUUCUGAAUUGAGUAAUCCGAUAUUCACCAUCUCACAUCUGAUG